AUGGCAAGUCGGGCAGUGCAGUUAAAAGAAGAGGGAAACAAGCGUUUCCAAGAGGGUGACUACAAAGGCGCUGAAGAGCUGUAUACCAAAGCAAUUCAAAAAGAUGCUUCGAAUCCGUUCCUCUUCACGAAUCGCGCCUUUAGUCGCAUCAAGCUUCAAUACUGGGAAGGAGUGCUCAAUGACAGCUUGAAAUCGAUUGAGCUUUUGCCGCAGAAUAUGAAAGCUUACUAUUACCUCGCGCAAGCGCAACUAGCUUUGAAGCAUCCGAAUGAAGCGCUUAACUCGGCGCUCACAGCCUAUGACGCCGCCAUAAAGUCGAAUAGCUCCAGUGCGGGCAAUAUUUCCUCUUUAGUGCUGCGUGCGAAGAAGGAGAAGUGGGAGCGGUCGGAGCGGGAGCGAAUUGCCAGAAGUAAUGAGCUUCUGACCGAGCUCGAAGAGGGUUUGAAUACGAAAAAGGAGGAAGAAAUUCGAGGAUUGGAAGAGCAGGUCGCUACGGGCGAGAUUGGUCCGGCGCAAGCUGAGGAGGAGAGGCAAUAUGCCGAAGAAAGUUGGAGGAACAAGAUUGAGACCUUGAGGAGCGCAUUCGCAGCUGCAGAUCCGGAUCAAUCUACACAUAGGGAGGUCCCCGACUACCUUAUCGACGAUAUCACAUUCGCCGUCAUGCACGAUCCCGUCGUGACAAAGACGGGUCAUUCAUAUGAACGUUCAGCCAUACUUGAGCAUCUCAAGCGCUCACCAACUGAUCCGCUGACAAGGGAGCCACUAGUGAUUGAUGAUCUUCGACCAAAUUUGGCGCUCAGAGAAGCUUGCGCCGAGUUCUUGGAAAAGAACGGGUGGGCGGUAGAUUGGUAG